AUGCCCACCGAUGCGGCGGCCCUCCCCUCUCCACCGGACAUACCACCGUGGAAGGGCGGCACCCGUCCUUACUCGGUGGGGGGCAACAUACAUUCCAAAGGCCAGGUCACCAGACCUGGCUCUGGCUCCUAUCAGAAUGGUAAUGGUAAUGGGGCCCCGACUACUCGACCGAUAUUUCCAAAUAUCAAAGACCUCCAGGACCAAGCUGCUUUGUUAAACGUGAAUGAAACCACUCCGCUCGAGGUCCUCCUUGGAACCGCCGCCGAAGCAAUCGACCUCGCCAAGAAACUGGCAGACUCCCAACCUGACCAGGCUUACGUCCAAUAUUUGCGUGCCUCCGAAAUAACCGUGAAUACCAUCCCCCACCAUCCCGAUUAUCGAUCAACCACUCUCCCACACCCUGGAUGGCCCAAGGAAUUUGCGGCUCUGAUGAUGGCGGUGCGAACGAAGCAGGCGACGAUGGAUACCAUUAAACAGGAAAUCCUCGAGGACAAUAUCCGCACCAAAGUACAACCGGCCGGAACAUAUACGAUGACCUCUACCGGCCAGAACGACUCGACCGCUCCCCGAGGUCGCGAGAAUCGCAAUUCUAGGACCAAUUCAAUGCGGAUGCCGAGCCCGACACAGUUCCAGUCCCAGCCAAUCCCAGAUUCUCAGACACAAGUAAAGAGAAACUCGGUUCCCGCGGAGGACCUGUUGGCGCAGCGCUUUGCGAAACUCAGAACAUCUCAAUCUCACGACAAUAGGCCGGACUCCAAUUCAAACUACAGUGCUUCUCAAGGCCCGCCGACUCGCCGUCCACUGGGCCCUCGGAGUAUGGGAUCGUCAAACCAUGUCCCGAGUGUACCUCCCAAGCUUCCUCUCGCAACGUCCCUCCCACGUGCCCCCGACCCCGCCUACAGUCCGAUCUACACGGUUCCCUCGCAACCUCCGCCUAAUCCCCCGCGGACCUCCACCGAAAGCACACGGUCAAUCACCCAGCGAUAUUCACAUUUCAGCAAUUCUCCUCGCGGGAGUCCCAGUCGCGGGUUCGAUGACAGCCCCUACCGAUCUCGAACACCCAACGGCGUCCAUUCUGCGCGAGAGACACGGAGUAAUUCUCCCGAUUUGCCUUAUACCAAUGCUAUAACGGCGCAAAGUCUCCUGAGAAUAUCUUCGAACUUUCAAUGUUUCGACAAUGGCCACGUUUAUGCCAAGUCCAUUAUAUGUAUUGAACCUGUCUCUUUGAAAGAGAAUGUCUCGGCUGAAGAGCUCGAGGACCGACUCGUCGUGUCUCCGGAAUACGAAUUGUCUCUAUUCGAACGACGAAAUGAAUUCGACCUGGUUGUUUAUUACGAUCAAAAUACCAGCUCGGUCAGUUAUCUUGCAGGCCCGCCCGCUGGAACGUCGGCGCCACACCUGCGAGCUCUCCAUGACACACUCUAUGAAUUCAACGAAUACAAACCACUUAAGGCUGGACGUCCUCCGGCGCUUCUUCUGGGUGGUUUAGAUGCGUGGAUUGAUAUCCUUGGACAGCAAUCUCUAGCCACGUCCUCAACAGCCGCUGUGAUGGGAUCGAUUCAGAACAAGCGACCCAUUUCCAGGCCUGGUCGUCCACUAGGACGGGUGCCCACGAUGGCCAGUGCCAACUCCAGCUUGGAGGUUCGCAAGAGGAGACUCCGCGAGUUCACACCGUUGAAUUCGGAGGAAUUAUCGGCAUGGAUGGAAAGGUCCAAGAAUGAGGAGAUCGACACAAGCCACUAUCUUGAGGAGGAACCGCUCACGGAGGAGCCGCAAGAGGAGUCUGUGGCAGAAGCACCCGCCCCAUUUGUGCACAACUAUGAAGAUUUUCUUCGUCGAUUCCCAGAACCACACCAUGUGCAGCAAUCCAUGAUUCGCCCUGAAUCGAGGCCGGCUCCUCCGAUGCAAAGUUUCCCAGCUCCCAUCCCAUCAACGCCCUCUCGGCCCCCUCCCGCGGUCCCACGUCCUAGCUAUAGUGGUGUGUCAGAAGGCCGGCAGAUUCAACCUCAUUUGGAAAGACAAAAUUCGGCGACACGCACGGCUUUGUAUAUGUCAAACUCGCUUCUCCGUCGCCUCAAACUGCCACGAACUGGCCUAACCAAUUUUGGUGUGACUUGCUAUAUGAAUUCCACGAUUCAAUGUCUCAGUGCGACGUCCAUCAUGAGCAAAUUCUUCAUCGACAAUCGGUUCCGAGGCUAUGUACAGAAGAAUUGGAAGGGGUCGCAAGGUGUGAUGCCGGGACUAUACGCCAAUCUUAUUCGGUCGCUGUGGAAAGAUGAUGUGGAGGUCAUCAUGCCAAGUUCGUUCAGAAACUUCUGUGGCCGAUUGAAUCGGGAAUGGGCGAUUGAUCGUCAACAAGACGCGAAGGAGUUUUUCGAUUUUGUGGUGGACUGUCUUCACGAGGACCUCAAUGUUAAUUGGCAGCGUACCCCACUGCGACCUUUGACCUUCCCGGAGGAGAUGCAGCGAGAGCGCAUGCCCGUUCAAAAGGUCUCUCGGAUUGAAUGGGAUCGAUAUUGUCAUCGGGAGGAGUCCUUCAUUUCGUCGUUGUUUGCCGGACAGCACGCUAGUCGACUCCGCUGCACGACCUGUCAUCAGACAUCGACCACAUAUGAAGCGUUCUACAGUAUCAGUGUGGAAAUCCCACCCACGGGAAGUGCAGAUAUAUACCAAUGUCUCCGCAGCUACUGCAAGGAGGAGAUGUUGAGCGGCGACGAGGUUUGGAAAUGUCCACACUGCAAGUGCAAGCGUAUGGCGACCAAGCAAAUCUUCAUUACGCGGGCACCGCAGAUCUUAGUGGUCCAUUUCAAACGCUUUUCGGCCUCGAAGACGCAAAGCGCCCGUAAAAUCCACACUCCGAUCGAAUUUCCUCUUCACGGCUUACGAAUGGAUGAGUUCUUGAUCUCCCACGGAGCUUCGGCGCCUCCGCCAGAUAUGGGAGUGCCACCACCGAUGGGAGCGACGGACCCUCCGUUCAGCUACGAUGCAUUUGGGGUGCUACGUCAUAUUGGAUCUUCAAUGGGCAGUGGACACUACAUUUCACUGGUGCGGGAUGCGGAGCGACACACUUGGCGGCGGUUCGACGAUGAGCGGGCGGGCGACUUCAACCCGCGCGACCUCCGGGCCCGCGACCGGCUGCAGAAUGAGCAAGCAUAUAUUGUGUUUUAUGAGCGAGUCCCAGCGAAAUGA